CUGUGAUUGGAUCUGCAUUUAUCUGUGAUUGGAUUUGAGAACAACAGUGUGCUCACAUCAUGCUUGCUGUCAUCUGGUUGUUGUUUCUGCUCUCAGCUCCGGUGGUGGAGCUCAUCCUGGUAAAACCGAAGAGGUCCUCUCUGAAUCAGCUCAACAGGAUGCUCCUGCGACGGUAUGACAGUGGUGUGCGGCCUGUUGUCAACUGGACUGAGCCCACUGUGAUUUACAUCGAUUUCAUCAUUCAGUCCAUCCUGGAUGUGGAUGGACAGAAUCAGAAGGUAACAACAAGUAUCUGGUAUCGGCAAAUUUGGACAGACGAAUUCCUUGUGUGGGAUCCAGAGGAGUUUGAUGACAUAAAUGAAAUAUCACUCUCUUCUGAUGCUAUUUGGGUACCAGACGUCAUCAUCACAGAAUUUGUGGACGUUAGUCCAGCUUCUGGAGUUCCUUAUGUCUACGUCAACUCCUCCGGAACGGUGAAGAACUACAAACCCAUCCAAGUAGUUGCUGCUUGUGACUUGCAAAUCUAUGCGUUUCCCUUCGACAAGCAAAACUGCACCUUAACAUUCCGUAGCUGGCUGCACUCUGUGAAAGAGGUUGACCUGGCCUUUUGGCGUAACCCCGAAGAUAUUGCCAAUGACAAGCGAGGGUUCAUGAAUGAUAGCGAAUGGGAGCUGCUGUCUGUGCCAUCACGAUACUGGAGACUACAUGUCGACGACCAAGACUAUGCCCACAUUCAGUUCAAUGUGUUGAUCCGGCGGCGCCCGCUGCUGUAUGUGGUGGGUCUUCUACUCCCCAGCAUCUUCCUCAUGGUGGUGGACGUCAUCAGUUUCUACCUGCCUCCCAACACAGGCACGCGCAUCUCCUUUAAAGUUAGCAUCCUCCUGGGCUACACGGUCUUCAGAGUCAACCUGAUGGAUGAGAUCCCUGCAACAUCAGUCACCACCCCCCUCAUUGGGGUCUUCUUUGCGGUGUGCAUGGCUCUUCUGGUUCUAAGCUUGGCCAAGUCCAUUUUGGUGGUGAAGCUGCUUCACCACAGUGAGAAAGAGGUCAAGGAGAUGUCCAUCUCUGCCUGCCUGCUGGACAAGUACGGCUCCUCCAGCCAAAGCUUCGGGGAGAGCAUGUUUACUUCUGUACGGACACUAGACGAAAUGGACCAGAGCAGUGGUUAUGAGUAUGACCUUCCAUCAGAUGAUGAUCUGGUCUCCCUGAAUGAACCCCCUAUGAGCUCAUCGCGCCUGGAGAGGCUCCUGUACCAACUGACCACUAUAAGGUCCUCUCUGCAGGAGGAGGAGGAUGACGACACUGCCCAAACAGACUGGCUGGCUCUGUGCUAUAAAGUGGACCGGUUCCUGUUCCGACUCUACCUGCUGGUGAUGCUGGCUUACUGCACCACCCUGCUCUCCCUUUGGGGCAGCUGGAGUGCCGUCUGACCAACGGGGCGGGGGCUAGAAGCCAGAAGUUUCUGGUGGACCUCAGAAACACUGGAAUUCAUUUUAAUAAGCCACACUCUAAGGCAGCGGUGUCAAACAUAAGGCCCGGGGGGCACCUUCAGCCCGCCAGCAGAUUUCAUUACGGACCCCCAGAUGUUUUGGGUUGGAAGGGGGAUAAAGUAGAUAUUCACAAAUGGACUAUGUGUGAUAAGCAAAAUAUCUAUGAUAUGAUCAAUUAAUUAAACCAUCCUCUACAAAACAUCCCCAGGAAGAAAGAUACAGAACGGGAAAAAUAUGACAUGAUAUUGGUGUAGCAAUAUACUCUAUGUUGGAAAAAGAGAAAGACUGACAUGGAGGGUAGGAUAUAUUAAGACAGAAAGAGCAGUCAUACAGCAGCACACAGCAGAGAAACCUGUAUGCCUUGUGUGCUCAUGGGUGUAGAGAAAGUAUGCCUGCGUCAUCAAACGCUAAGAUAAUGACCAUUAGAAUGAUCAUGACAUGACGACCCUCACGGUCUCAUUUCAACAAAUCUGGCCUGCUGCCUAAUAAUAUGAGUUUGACACCCCUGUUAAAAGGCUUAAACAAUGUUAAAGAAGAUCAGCUUCACAUUGUGUUUUGUGUGACAAUUAUAAUACAACAUAUUACAUUUUUAAAAAGGACUACACAAAGUCAAAUAACCAAAUCAUAGGAAUUAUACCCCAAAUGAAUAGCAAUGUAUAUACAUUUCUAAGUCGAGUCUAAGUAUUAUUCAUAGUUAUUAAUGUACAGUAAAUGGAACUGCUUUCGUGUGUAAAUACCUGGUAUAAGUGAGCAUGUCUCUUAUUUGCUGUUUUCUUUCUGUUCACUGCAGCUCUUGGUGAUGUUAUAACAUAAUAAUUUAAUAGUAAUUCGAUUAUUUUCAUAGGAUCCUGAAACAGUUACAGUUACCGCAUUACUUUACCAGUUUUAGAUGGUGGAUAAGACCAAGUCUUUCAUUUUAUUCCUCGCUGCCCAAGAGAGGAAGCCUAUAACAUUCCAGUAGUCAGUGUGUUAUAGGCCUAUCUGUCAGUCUGCUGUCUUUCAGACCGUUUCUAAUUACACAUUAUAGAGUAUCAUGUGACAUGGUCUCAUCCAUUUACAGAUACAUUACACACCCUGCCCAGGGAUCGCUGCCCUCAAAAUAAACAAAUUGUUUCCAAAUCACAGGCAGCAUAUUUUCAGACACCAGUCUUAUCAACUGACUGUGGGUAUAGUAAGUGAGAUAUCAUAUCCUGAGGGUGUAUUGUAUAUCAGUUUAAAGCAAUUUGUUAGUGAACUUGCUUAUGAAAUGUGCCUUUUUUUUAUUCAGCCUCAAAGGCAGGCAGUAUCUAUAUUUAUGAAAACCUUCCCAAACACACAUUAAAGCUACACCAAAGCUAGUAUGUAGCCUACUCAUAUAAAAUAAUUACAAGUUCAUCUUCUCAGAUUUUAUCAAAAGGGCAGGUGUUUGGGUGUUACCUAGUUUUGCUGAUGUUAAGUCCAUACAAUUCUAAUUGAGCAAGUAACAAAUGCAAAAAUAUGAUUAUUUCAAAUAAUUAUUAUCAUUAUGUAACUCCUGUGAUUUCAUUUGUAUUCUAUUUAUUUCAUUGCUUUUAGUGGCAUUAAAACACACAUACAAACUUGUGUCUGUCAUUUUCCAUUGCAACAGGACUGCCA